GAGGACAGACUUGACACAGAGGCAGAGAGGAAGAGAAAAUGGGGAUAUCACUCAGGAAAUUGUUGAGCUGGAGUCCAGGGGUAGGGAGCAGCUUGGAAGCACAUACAUGGAGAUGGAGCAGGUAAGUGAGUCCUUGUUCCCAUGCCUCCCCAGCUUGGAUGAUGAGAAAUGAAGUCCAGGGCCUAUUUCAGAAACAUGGAGAAGAAGAGCUGGAGGAGAGAAGGACACUCUAUCGCUGGGCCACCUGGAAGGAAGGGCUACCUUUGUCAGUGGCUGCAGCAUCAGAGAAAGACCUGCCUCUGGAUGUGAGAUUCCAUGAGGCUGACUUUGAGGGGACACUGGCUGCAGGAAUGAUGGAUAUUGCCCUUAAACGUCUGUACACCCUCCUGAACUCCUGGAAGAGCUUGGAAGAUUUUGACCAAAUCUUCUGGGGCAGCAAGAGUGCCCUGGCCAAGAGGGUGCACCAGUCCUGGAAGGAGGAUGAUUUUUUUGGCUACCAGUUCCUCAAUGGUGUCAACCCCACACUGCUGAGAAGGUCCACCUCACUCCCCACUCGACUCGUGAUCCCCCCAGAAUUAGAGGGUCUUCAGGUCCAGCUGGAAAAAAAGCUCCAGGAGGGCUGUCUGUUUGAAGCUGACUUUUCCCUGCUGGCUGGAGUCCAGGCCAAUGUGAUCCAGGGAGAGAGGCAACAUCUGGCUGCCCCGGUCAUGUUAAAGAUGGAGCCUGAUGGGAAGCUGCUGCCCAUGGCCAUCCAGCUCCAGCCUCCCUGCUCUGGCUCUCCAGACCCACCACUCUUCCUGCCCUCAGAUUCCUCCCUCACUUGGCUCCUGGCCAAGGCCUGGGUCAGAAAUUCUGACUUCCAGCUGCAUGAGCUGCAAGCACAUCUGCUGAAGACCCAUUUGGUGGCUGAGGUGUUUGCUGUAGCCACCAUGAGGUGCCUCCCAGGGAUGCACCCCAUCUUCAAGUACUCACCUUGUCCUACAGCUACCCUUCACAUCCCACCCCUGUGA